CUUCUUCUUUUUUUAUUGUUUAUUUAUGCUUUCGAAUUUUCUGUUGACGAACACUAGAAGUAUUUUUUGUUCACAUUAUUUAUUAUGUUUCAGGACCUUAAAUUACCAAUUAAUGGCGGGGAUAGUUGGGGCAAUCUUCAGUGCAUUGAAUUGCGUUUGUGGUACUACAACCUGCAACUGUAUAGAUCAAUAUAGAAAUUUUAAUGAUGAUGUGGGUGACCUGAGAAGAGAAUUGGACACUCUAACCAACCGAAAGCAAGAUAUAGAAUCAAGAAUAGAAGUAGCAGAGGCUCGCGGGGGACAAAUGGUUAGACGAGAAGUGCAAGACUGGCUUAAGCAAGUACAAGACAUUAAUGUUGAUGUACAAGCAUUUUUAGAAAAGGUGCAGGGAAUCAAGUGGUACAAGCGUGCCUGUCUUGACAAACUUGUUUGUAGAAAAAUCAAUGUGGUGAGGAAGAUGCUUGAAAAAGGUAGCUUUCCUGAAGGCCUUGUUAUUGAGAGAGCUCCAGCUCGCGGAAACAGAAUUCCAACAGAGAAUUUAGUGGGGCAAAUUUCAACUAAAGAAGAAAUUUGGGGGUACUUGAUGGGUGAUGAGGUUGGAAUGAUCGGAGUUUGUGGGAUUGGUGGAGUUGGAAAGACUACGAUCAUGAAGAAUCUCCACAAUGAUUUACAGAGGGAGACUAGAUUUCAGAAAGUCAUUUGGGUUACUGUAUCACAUCCUCUCAAUGUUUUUGAAUUACAAAAGAAGAUUGCUGGUGCUAUGGACGAAAGACUUCUAGAUGAUGAUGAAGUGAUGAUGAGAGCGGGGGCACUAAUGGAUAUAAUGGGAAGUGUGAAAUUUGUGCUAAUAUUAGAUGAUGUAUGGGAAAAGUUCUCUCUUAAGGAAGUUGGAAUUCCGGAUCCGAAGGCGCAGAAUGGGUGCAAAGUAGUUGUCACUAGUAGAUCAAUUGAACUUUGCAAGAAGUUAAAGUACUUGCCUUCCUUGGCAAACCUCAAGGGAUUGAAGAAGUUGGACUUGCACAGGGCAGGGAUUGAGGUGCUCCCACAAGGCAUGGAGAUGUUGAUAAGUCUUGAAUAUCUUGAUUUGUUAUUUUGUCCAAAUCUGAAAGAGAUUCAAACAGGAAUAUUACUUAACCUUUCCAGUCUCCAGUAUUUGGCUAUUUGUUUUUUGCGAGAAAUUACAAGAGUGAGAAAUUUUGAAGAGGUUGCUAGACUGAAGAAGUUGGAGACUUUAGAAUGUAACUUUGAUGACAUACAAGACUUCAAUUCUUUUGUCAACAAGUUCAAAGAUUUCCAAAGGGCUAUUGCUUACAGUCUUCUAGUUGGGAGUGCAGAAGACAUGCUUAGAAGGAGCAAACAUGAGCUUGUAAUUACUGAUUGCGAGAUCGGGGAAGAAUGUAUAGUGCUUCCAAAUAAGCUUGAAGAUUUGUGGAUAAUUAGGCUUAAAAACAUGGGAAGCAGCUUAAGCAAAAUAGCUCUGUUAGAAAAAGCAAAUGAGUUGAGGACGUGCAAUAUUUUCCGUUGUGAAAAGAUAGAGUGCGUGGUUGAGUUGGACUCAUCCUCCUCCUCCUCCUCAUUGCGUUGUCCUGUAUUUGAUAAGCUUGAAGAGCUGUCGCUUAAUGGAUUGCCUAGGUUGUGUGAACUUGUGAGAGUGGAAGGAGAAGCAACACCACCGAACGUCUUUUCCAAUCUUAAAAAGCUUUGUGUAGCGAAUUGUUGGGGAAUAAGGAAGUUGCUUCCAGUUGAGCUACUGCAGGCCCUCCAAAACUUAGAGUCGAUUACAAUUUUUUUUUGCCAUCAAAUGGAGGAGAUAAUAGCAUCAUUAGAUUCGGAAGCAUCAUCAUCGAAUAAAUUCACUUUCACUUUUCCUAAGUUAAGGGAAUUGUGGUUGUGGGACUUACCCCAAUUGAAGAGCAUCUGCAAUGCCAAAGGAGUUAUGGUUUGUAAUUCUAUUGAAGCAAUUGUAAUGCAUCAGUGUCUGAAGUUAAAGAGAAUCCCUGUGCAACUUCCCCAACUUGAUAACGGCCAACCAUCUCCUCCUCCACAUCUCAGAGAAAUCUGGAUAGAUAAAAGUUCAAAAGAAUGGUGGGAAUCAGUGGAGUGGGAUCAUCCUAAUGCUAAGAACCUCCUUCAACCCUUCUUGAAAUCUACUUAGAUAACCGUGGGAUUGAGGAUUGAAGUGAAGAGCUGCAAACUACAAAUGUAAAGCCACGUGCCACCUCAAUAACACGUGCCAAUAAAAGCAUUUCCACAGUUCCUUCAUUCCUCCCCCAACAAAAACAAUUGGGGUUUUAUUGAAUUUUUUUCUGUUUUAUAUUUUGUUCUUUUUAUAAUUUGGUUUUGGGGUAAGCUUGGCUGAAAAUGAGCCCCCUUUAAUUGCCAGGUAUGCUAGCUCCGGUAAGCCCUCAAGGAGAGGAAGUUUUUAGGUUUCUGGGUAUGCUUUUUUUUUGUUUGUAAUCUAAAAUUUUUGUAUAAGAGUUUCUGAUAAAAAUUGGUAUCAUCAGGCUUCCUACAAAACUUUUUGGUGUCAUGAUCAUGAAUUGUGCAAAGAGGUUAUUAAGCUUAAAGUUUGUACAAGGGGAUGUUUCUCAUAAAAAUUAGCAUAAUAUUCUGGCUUCCUACAAGUGGCUGAGUUGUUUCUUUUUGGUGUCAUGAAAUGUUGCAAAGAGGUUACUCAUGGAGCUUGUUUGGAAAACAUGGCAGUGGGUUGGAAAUAGUCUAUACCUUGUCUUCUCGGUUGAUGAGUAGUCUUCCAAGUUACCAUAUGAGGCUUCUUAGAGGACUUAAACUCAUAGAUGACUGGUGAACCUUGUUGCUAUAACCAAACAUGGUAAGAGCUAGGAAGGAGUUGAUGUGUUAAUGCUUGAGAGCUAUAUCUAAUGGAUGCACAAGUGUAACAAGCCUCAGAUCAAUGCUAUGUAAGUUUCUAGUUUUCAAUCUAAUGCUUUCUAUUCCAUCCAAUUUCUUCUACUUUUUGUGAACCUUGUUGCCAUAGCCAAAUACAGCAGGAUCUAGGAAGGAGUUGAUGUGUUGGUGCUUGGAGCUAUGUGUGGUGGAUGUACAAGCAUAUAGAACAAGCUCCAUGUCAAUGUUAUGUAAGUUUCUGGUUUUUGAUCUAAGGCCUUCUAUUCCAUCCAAAUUCUUUGGUUUUUGUGCUCCUAGAGCAAGUUUUUUAUUUUGAAAUCCAACAGGUUAAUUUAAGUUCUAACUUUCUUCUUGGGUUUUAGGUUUUUUUCUUGUCUUUUUCUUUUUCAAUUAUGGAACUCCAAGGAUUGUUCAAGAAUAUAAUGUGACAACUACUUGUAGAAUUAGAAACUUGGGCAAAUUGGUUAGAAUCCAACAUCAGUCCUCUAUGUCCCCAACACACAUCUAUGGGCUUUCACCUCUUCCUCCAGAACCAGUUGCUUUCAACAAUGGUUGUGAUGCAAAUCAUGAUAUCUCUCUUGCUAUAGUUACUAGACCCAAUUUUAAGGAAUUGAAGAGGAAAGGGAGGGAGAUUGGCCAUGGUAGUUGAACGUAACCAACAACAGGAGGUAUAUCACGGAGAUUGAACUUGUGAAACAUGCAGACUCUUACAAGUUUCACUGAUCUGUUUCUUUUAGGAUAUACAACACAGGAAGUGAAGCAGGAAAGAAGAGGAUUUAGCAAGAGGUAACUUGCAGUUUAUGCUAUAGUUUGUUGAUUACUCAUAAUAUCCACGUAGUGGCCUGUUUCUAUUUCCUUUUAUGGUCAAUUAGCCUUUCAUUCGUGCCAUGACAAUCUAGAACUUUCCUUGUGAUUUUUUGUUCUGCAGAUUGGCCACCAUUUGCCCCAGUUGUUCAUAAUGAUAUUGCAAAUGAUAUGUUGAUUUAUUGACAAAAGUUGAUGUUUAUUGCCCUUCCAUCAUUCUUAGGAUUGGUUAUGUGCUUUUUCUGGAAUGACAUAAUUGCUACUGUAGCAUGCAUCAAAGGGGAAAGAUGGAAGCAUCAUACUGGGGAAUUGGAUCUCGUCUUCCCAUCAUGAUGAUAGUUCGCAACAUCUUACAAGAACUAAAGAUCAACCAUUACUGUUUUGAACAUAUACACAAUUGUCAAAAUAUCAAAAACAUGUUCAUAUAUCUAUUUAUGCCUUAUGGUGAACAGAAGGGAAAAACUCUUGACAGGAAACAGAGAUUUGACGCUAAAGAUUUUGCUGAUUGUGUUUUCAUUGGUUUUUACUCGGACUAUCUAAUACAUGUAAUGAGAUUAU